UAGAUUAGAAACAUUCAAACUUGAAAUUCAGUGCCGAUUCCGCGCUAAAUAAUAAUUCUAAUUAGUGAACAUAAAAUGUUUAGCUGCAAUGAAGCCGGCCACUCGUAAACGAGCUUGGAAUAAUUCAGCUUUUGCUUACCAAUCCAAAUUUGACUCGGUGCAAACAGAGAAUGCUACUCAGGUGAAGAAAAGUAAUGUUGCUGAUGAUGAAAAAACAAUUGAAAUCAAAACGUCAAAUGAAAGUCCACAGACAUCAAAACCAGCCCCUCCAUCGUCCAAAAGUAAUUCCAAUUGGAUUGAUAAAUUUGAACCGAAAACAUGUGAAGAAGUUGCUGUGCAUCCGAAAAAAUUGGCAGAAUUGAAAGACUGGCUAUUGCAUUGCACAGCCGUGCACAAACAGCAUCCUGCACAAAUUUGCCUCCUUACUGGGCCAUCAGGUUCGGGUAAAACUGCAGCCGUACGGGCAUUGGCGCGUGCGCAAAAAUAUGAACUACAAGAAUGGAUUAACCCGGUAGACCGUGACAUGAUUAACACGUUGGGUGAUCAGACGAGUAACUAUACCGGUUCACAGAUAGAUUUUUUUAAAUCGUUCCUAUUUCGUUCGUCUCGUUAUAAAUCCUUAUUAGGCAGUCAAAAGCGACUGGUGCUAGUGGAGGAUUUCCCAAACAUGAUACUUUCCAGCGUAGACAUCUUUGAAGAUAUUUUAGAAGAAUUUUCAAAGUAUGGAAAAGCACCACUUUUAUUCAUCGUAGCUGAUUCAAAAAGUCGUUCCUUAAAUAUAAGUUAUAAUCUGUUUACCGAAGAGUUAAAAAAUAAGUACCACAUUCAUCAUAUUAGUUUCAAUUCAAUUGCGGUCACUUUGCUACAAAAGGCGAUGAAGAGAUUUUGUGGGUUAAUGAGAGAGCAACAGUUCUCCGAUACCUAUAAAGUGCCUUCAGAAACCAUAAUAGACUCAAUUGUAUUUGCAGCGCAAGGCGAUAUACGCAACGCACUCAUAAAUCUACAUUUUGCUUCCUUGAAAGGAGCAGGAGCUUUGCCUACUGAGCGCGUAGAAUCCUGUGAAAUUAAAGGAAAAUCUAAAAAGAAAAUAUCCACAUUAAAAACAAUUCGCCGCGAUGAGUCUGUUACAAUGCUGCACGCCCUGGGAAGAGUGUUUAAUCCUAAACGUUUGCCCAACGGUAACUUUACCCACAAACCAGAAGAUAUAACCGACAGCUUUGCCUCCGAACCAAAACGAUUUAUUGAUCUAAUGCACGCUAAUUAUUUGCCACAUUUUAGAGAAAUCGAACAUGUAGUUGAGGCAGCCAAUGCCCUCAGCAUCGCCGACAACAUUAUCACCGAAUAUCGUGAAGAAGCCCUAGCACUGACAGCACUCAAUUUAGCUGUGCACAGCAUUAUGCAAACAAAUGAGAGUCCAGUGACGGCUUGGAUGCCCAUAAGGGCAGCAAGACGUAACCACCAAGACUUGAGUAAAUCGCAAAAAAUCUCGGGCAUAUCUAAUAGCUUAUAUGCAACAGAUUAUGGUAGCUAUGUGCAAAUGAUUAAUGGCUGCAAGAAAAUUAAAAAGUGAAUUCCACCAACGAAAAAGCAAACGAAAUUUUAGUUUAUUUAAUUUGGUAAGAAUCUUAUUUAUUUAUAUCGUGGGGUAUUACUUUUCUUCUUAAUAAUGUAUCAAUGUAUGCUGAAUGCUUUACUAUUUGUUAUUAGUUUGUGUUAUGAUUGAUCGAUAUUUUUGAAUAAACUUUACUCGUACAUAUACA